AUGGAGCCGGAUGGGAGCAUCGAGUCGGCGUCGGUGAUCCGCGUGGUGGUGCUGCAGGUGGGCGAAAUCACCGCGUCCGCCUUCCGCACCUACUCCAGCCUCAUCAUGAAACACAGAGUGAUGCCGCUGCAGGGCGUGUUCGGAUACUACAAGGAGCACCAGAAGAGCCCGUUCUCGCACCAGCCGUGGACGACAGGGUCGCUGCGCUUCAACUUCAUUCUGGGCGGCAGCAGCCGCAGCCCCUGGCAGGAGUUCGUGGCGCAGCGCAAGAUUCACGGGGUGAUAGGGGUGUGCCACUGCCCACGCAUGCCAGACACGGCAGCAGCGUACGAGGAGUUUGUGCUGGCGUGCAAGGCGUACCCCCUCGCGCAGGUCAAGCGCUGCAUCGCCUUCGACCCCAACACAGAGCAGCUGGCAGAGGAGGACCCGCAGCGGCGCAACCUGGUGAUUCUGUCGGGGGCGGAUCAGCAGCGGCUGGAGGCGCUGCUGGUGUCGGUGAUGCAUGACUUUGCAGCGUGUGUGCUCAUGGCGCUUGAGAGCUGGGUGCUGCAUGUUGAUCCCAUUGCCGCUAUCUUCCUCUCCCCGCUUGACAACCCCAACGUCACACCCAAUGAGGAUGCGGCACGGCUGAAGAAGAAGCGGCUUGCGCGCAUUCAGAAGGCCAUCGGCGACUACUGCCUGCUGGCGGGCUCGCCCCUGGAUGCACGCAGCCACUACGGCACGGCCAUCGAGCUCGGGCGCCUCACCAACAGCACCGACCCCCUCUGGCUUGCCGGGGCUUUAGAGGGGCACGUCAGCACUCUGGCCGUGGAGAAGGGGCGGUGGGACGAGGAGUUGGAGGAGGAGAUUCGAACCAAGUACAGCGAGAUCGUGCCACUCUACCGCAAGGCGGGUGCAAUGAUCUUUGAGCUCGAAGCUCUCAUCAAGGUCGCCAGGUUUAUCUGCCGCAAGGAGAUGGCACGCGACGUGGUGGAUUUACUGGCACAGGCGGUGGAGACGGGGCGAGGGCUGCAGAACCCCAGCGACCUCCUCGUGCUCUACAUUGAGGUGGCGCGCAUUUUCCAGCAGCUGGGCUACGAGCGCAAGGCGGCAUUCUUCACGCGGCAGGUGGCCAAGCUGUACGAGCAGCAGGAGUCGCGCUUCGCCGCUGUCAGCGCACUGCAGGUGGCUAAGCUGUACGAGCAACAGGAGUCGCGCUUCGCCGCUGUCAGCGCACUGCAGGUGGCUAAGCUGUACAAGCAGCAGGAGUCGCGCUUCGCCGCUGUCAGCGCACUGCAGGUGCUCGCGCUGGCGUCCACGUCCUACAAGGUGCAGUCGCUCGCGCUCUCCCCCGUGCCCUCUCCGGCCCUCCCUGUCGACAAUCCCCGUGCAACCUCAGCAGGAUCAGCAGCAGGGGGCGGAGGCGGAGGAGGAGGAACAGGAGCAGGAGGUGUGGGGGGGAAAGGUGGGGGGAAGAGCAGCAGGGCGGGGGUGACGGCGUUGGAGAGCAGUGCACCGCCGCUGGGAGGGGGGCAGUGGAGCCGCCUGCAGAUGGAGCUGCUCAGUGACAUGCUCGCCGUUGCUGUGCGUGCUGGUGAACCGCUGGCUGCCUGGGCUGCUGCUGCUCGCCUGCUGCGCGGAUUCUACCCUCUCAUCCUGCCGCAGAGCCAGGCAAGCGCGACUGGUGGGUGGGGGCAGGCGGGGGGGGGGCCAUUCAUCUACACGCCGUUCACCACGCGGGCGGCCAACGUGAAGCCCGACAUGGUGUGGAUCGUGGGCGAGGUGGCUCAAGUCAUCAUCGAGCUCUCCAACCCCUGCGCCUGCGCUGUCGAUAUCGAAUCCAUCUACCUGAAUGUGGAUGGGGACUUUCAGCCGUUCCCCGCGUCGCUCUCUCUGCGGCCGAAUACCUACUCUCAUCUGCUCACGCUCUCUGGCUUGCCGCGGUCGCCGGGGGUGAUUACGGUCCUGGGCUGUUUCCUGCAGUCGUUCGGGGUUCUUACGGACCAUCGAUUCGCCGACACGACGAUCACGACCGUUGCUGCGGCGGCAGGGAGUGCGGGGUCGGGAGCAGGGCUGCCGUUGAUUCCGGGCGUGGGUCUGGUGGAUCCUUUUUCGCCCGCUGCUGCUGCGUCUGUGGCUGCUAAUUCCGCUGCAGCAGCUGCUACAGCCACUCCUCUAUCCGCCCCCACUAUCUCUGCCACCUCCUCUCUCUCUGCAGCGGCAGCGAGUGUCGACACUGCGGUUAAGAGCGGUGCCAGCGCUGGGCGGGGAUUCUUGGCCUCCUCUCCCAUCCCGUCCACCUCCGUCCUGCCCGUGCUCGAUAUUUCUGUGCUGCCCGAGCUUCCGCUAUUGGUCGCCACGGCGGAGGACGGCGACGGGGCAGCCGCGGUUCUUUUUGACGGGGAGGUCCGGGAAAUUUCGGUCAAGCUGGUAAAUUCCAGUCGAGUGCCCGUAGUAGACGCAUUUGUUUCUGUUGCAGGCAGGCAAAAGCGGCACCUGAUCGUUCUCGGGCAGGAAAAACUUGCAGCAGCGCUGCCCCUGCUUCCGGGAGCUGCAGUCACCCUGCCCGUGAAAAUCGUGGCCCAGUUCCAGCCAGAGAGUUCGGAGGACGACGAGGAUGAUGUGGGAGGGGGGGAGGGCGGAGGGGGGGCAGAUCAGAGCACGAGCAGCAAGGAGGAAGACACAGUGAACCUGGUCGUGCAUUAUGCAGGCCCCGACAAAGAUCCCGAGAGUGAUCCCGCCACCCCAGCAGCACCAACCCCUGCCUCCAAAUCUGGAGCUACCAGUAAGGAGAAGGGGAAGGAGAAGGAGAAGGGGAAGGAGAAGGAGAAGGGGAAGGAGAAGGAGAAGGGGAAGGAGAAGGAGAAGGAGAAGGGGAAGGAGAAGGGGAAGGACGAUGCGGUGCCCGGGCGGCGGCUGUCGUUCCCCAUCAACCUGUGUGUGCGGCGCGGCCUGUCCCUUGUGCGUGCCCGUCUGCUCGUCACGGGAGGCGUCACUCCCGCCGUGCAGUCCGAUGGGGGGGUCGCCACCACCUCUGCUGCCGGUGGCGGUGCUGCUGGUGGUGCUGCCAACCUUGCUGCGUCUGGCCGUGGUGGUGGGGCUGGGGCAGGCUUGACGUGGGGUUCCCAGGCAAAAGGGUUAGGAGCGACGGGGGGAGGAGCAGGAGUGAGGAAGGCAGUGGGAGAGAUGGAGGUGCCGGUGAGGCAGGCCAAGGGACUGAGGCUGCUGGAUCUGGAGGUGUGGAACGGCACUGACUCUGCCUUUGAUGUCUCCGUGCUCGUUGACCCCCCCGCCCCCCACGACCAACCCAGCACUCCCGCUGGUGCUGCUGGUGCUACCGCCACUGGCACAGCUACAGGAGGAGCAACAAACGCAGCGCCGGCAGCAUCAGCAGCAUCGGCAGCUUCAGGGUCUUUGCUUGCCGCCAGUCUACUCCCCCCCGCAUCCAACCUUCAGGCCUCUCUAGAGGAAGCUUCCCUCCUCGCCUCGGGCGGCUCCGUCUCACACUCCCGCAUCGGACGAGACUGCGCCGCCCGCCUGCUCAUCCCGCUCGGCGGAUUCGAUUCCCUCCUGGGCUCCGAGGCGGAGGCCGCCCUGGCAGUACUCCACCACGAGGAGCAGACGGGCGGCGACACCACUGUGCGGCGCCAGCUGGCACUGGGCCUCGGGCCAAUCCCGUCGCCGUUCACAACCAUCAUCAACGCGAUAUGCUCGCGGGUGAAGGUGCGGUGGCUGUCUGCAAGGAACUGCCGCGGGGAGGUGAGGAUUAGAGAGGCGGUGCGGGCGGUGGUGGAGAGUCAGGCUGUGGCAGUGCUGCUGCCUGAUCCUCUAGCGUUUUCAUUCCGAGUCACUGCUCCUCCUCUCACUGCUGCUGCUGCUGCUGGGGUUGGAAGUGCUGGGAGCGGUGGCAAUGAGCGGAGGGAAACGUCAGGGCUAGCGGCUGGUGAUGGUGGUGCUGCGAGGGAAGGAGGGAGUGGGGUAGGGGGAGCUGCAAACGCGGAUGGAGGAGGGGCAGGAGGAGGAGGGGGGGCGGGGUUCAGUGUGACGAGUGCGUUGGAGUUCACAACAGUGGAGCUGACAGUGACCAAUCAGAGCAAGGGCAAGCUGGCCUCGCUGCACCACAAGCUGAGCCUGUGCUUCCUCGUGCCCGGCGAGUACACACUCUUCGCAGCAGCAGUGGUGGACAACCAGGGCCCCUCGCCCACCUCCCUCCUCGCCUCACACGCACAGCUAGCGGGGCGAGCGGGGCACACGCAGAACCCCAACCCAUGGUGGGCCGUGCUGGAUGCUAGCCGGCGCCCACAGACCAUCUGCUGCACCAGCCUGCCGCAUGCCAUCACUGUGCUCGGCGCUGCGUAG